UUUUUAGUUGUUUAAUCUUUUACCUGGUCUGUUUGAGUUUUCAGUGUUUCUUUUAGUGACCCAGGUAAGCCUAUAUGCGCAGGUGUACUGAACCAAGUAUUACUUCACGGUCUCAACAGGCCGACGAGGUAGUUUGCGAGUCGCGCACCACAUGAGAGUAGAAGCACGUCUCCAAACAAUUCGCGAUAAAAGAUAUAAGUGGUUACAGAGACAAACAGGUGGUGAUAUUUACGUGUGAAAAUUACGCGGUACCAACCCUUCGCUUAAAUAACUUUGGGAAAGCUCGAGCGAGCAGGCGUGUGUGAGUGUGUGUUUUAUACGGACGAUGAAAGCUAGUAACUGGAAAGUUUAGCGGUUUUGGAUAGUUUAGAAACAGGUUGGCAAGUAAUGCCUGCUAUUCGGCUGUUCGGUAGAAAAUGGUUAGCAGCUUCAGAUGAUCUAGUCAUUCCAGGUCUAUUCGAGAUAACUUUUCGUGUCGUAUGGCUAAUUCUAAUAGCGUUAGUUUAUGUGAGAUACUACAACCACACAUGGAGGUGCGAUUCUGGUGGAGAUUACAUUCGUGCCUACCUCAAUGGCAUGGUGGUGUUGUUGGUCGUGCAAAUUGUGGUUCUUAUUGCCCUGGUUAAUCGCAGUGCCCAGGGCUCAAUUACUGACGAGAGUGCCCGAAGGCAUGUACCUCCUCUCCUUCUCCUUAAAAUAUUCCUAAUCCUUCCAGAAACGGUGCUCAAUAUCUUCGGUACCAUGUGGGCCUUCUGUGGUGACAUUAUCGUCUGCCAUCACGAGGAGGAAUUCUCAAAGACUGUGAUAGAAGCUCUUACAUUAUUAAAUUGGACAUUAUUUGGGCUAGCAAUAUUUGGGUUUGCCCUUGUUUUCGAUCCAUUGGGAUCUAAACGCUACCAUGAGAUCCAGGAAACUCCGGGUGGUGGAGAAUCUCUACGCCAUCGAAAGGCAACCAGCUUAUGGCAACGAAGAUUUAGAUGGGCCUUUUGUUGGAUGCGAUCUGACGAAUAUGGUAACGAAGCCUUUCGGCAAGUUGCAGCCUUGCUUAGUGAUCUUUUCAGGAGCACUGACUUGGUCCCUUCAGAUGUCCUGGCUGGGUGUAUUUUACUACGAGUCAAACAAAAAAAAGAAACCAGGGAAAUGAGGAGGAUCCAAAUGUUAUCACACGACGAUCUUAAAUAUACUACAGAUGUUCACAAAAUAUUUGUAUUCGCCCCGAAAUGGAUGAAUUUAGAAAAUGCUCGUCAUUUUCUAAGACUUUCAAUAGCUGCCUAUGGUUGGCCCUUUGUUAUGUAUCGGCAUUGCGUAACAGGAAUAUGUCGCCUGAUGUCUCAAGUCACUUGCUGUGCUUGUUUUAGAACAAAAUCGACCAUUGUUACCGACGAUAACUGUUGUUUAUGUAAUUUAGCCGGGGUUAAAGAUAUAUCCAAACUUAGGGAAGAAGAUAUACUGUUCGCAUCGUUCAGGAACAACGUUUUUGAGUUGCCGUUUUGUAUAAUCACCGAUCACAAAACGUCAAGCAUAGUGGUGGCAGUUAGGGGUUCAAUAUCAUUGAGGGACAUUUUUACCGAUUUAACUGCUGGAUCAGAUCAAUUCGAAGCUGAAGGAUUACCGCCCGACACCAUGGCACAUAAGGGCAUGAUCGAAGGAGCAAAUUACAUUUAUCGUAGACUAAAGGAGACAAAUAUAUUGGACAAAGCCCGAUCGUUAUACCCUGAAUAUGAUUUGAUAUUAACUGGUCACAGCUUGGGUGCUGGAGUAGCAUGUUUGCUGGCACUUAAAAUUAAGCCUAAAUAUCCCGACGUUAAAGUGUACGCUUUUGCUACGCCAGUAUCGAGUUCUUCUAAACGGUUGUGGAUAUGCCCUGUUUGGCGUUCCACCAUGUGAUUUGGAGUCAACGUGGAAGAAGGAUUUGAGCUCUCCUCCAGGUAGAUCUCCGUUAUUAGAACCAAAAGAAAUUCAUACCAUCACUAGUUCAGAGGAAGCAGGAAUUUUAACAAGGGACAUAAGUCAACGACGAUUUUCUAAGACCAGGCUUUAUACUGCUGGAAGGAUAUUACAUAUCGUAAAUAGAAAAAAGACAAAAACUGAAAGGAAAAAUGGUACAGGCGGACCCAGCUAUGAAAUGCGGUGGGCAACUGCUGAAGAUUUCAUGGAGCUGAAGGUGAUGCCUAGAAUGCUGUACGAUCACUUGCCUCAUAAUGUUUACAAUACUUUAGAUACUAUUUUACGGGAACAACGAGACGAUAUUAGUGAAGUGACGCAUAUUUAGGAAGGUUGAAAAAGUCAAUACUUACUAUUAUGUGUAAAUUAGGUACAUAAUUUAACAUGUUCAUUGUGUAGUUCCUAGUUCCUAGUUGAAACAAAAAAGAACACCCUGUAUAUAUUCAUUCCAUCGACGACAAUGUCUAAAUUAGUUCAUAAAUCCUUUAGUGAUUUAGUAUUACGCAUUAAUGUAUUAUUUUUACAAUUUUGAAGCCAGUAUAUGAAGAUAAAUAUUAUUCUAAGGUUGCUGAAGAAUUAAUUUGUUAUCAUACACAUACUUAAUAACUUAAUAUUAUGCAGUAAGUCUAACUUCUUACUAUUUUCAUUUCACUUACGUUAGAUAUUAUUCACAUUCCGCUUAUUUGUAAAGGUUUUGAUCAGAAAAAUGUUAUUAACUUA